UUCUUUACAAUCGUUGCGAACAGUUUAACAUCGGUAGUGAAAAUUUUGUGCAAAAUUUAUUUAAGCAAAAAGUUUAUCGCAAAUGUGAAUUGCAAAAUAUGUAUGAGAAUUAUAAACAAAUCAAGAGAAAUAUAACAACCCCACAUAAACUGUGACCAAAGAAGCAGCAACAAUAAAAACAACAACAAUAACAAUAUAAACAAAUGUCAAGCAGACAGCUGUUUCGUAUGCUGCAAAAGGAUGCCCAAUUAUGUUGUUAAAAUUGAAAGAAAAAUGCUUUUAUAUGGCAACUCUCAUGUUUUUUUUAACAGCUGUUUAUGUGAAGCUUGCGCUAUAAACAAAAUUUCCCUCCACAAGCCAAAAAAAUAAUAGAAGAAUAGAUAAAAAACAAGAAAAAACAAAAGUUACUGUUUUAACCGGAAAGUCAACAACAAAACGAACUAAAAUAAACAAACUAUAAAUUUUAGUUGAUAAACAGAAGCAGCUAGUAAGACACAAGACAAGGUCGUGCGUGCAACACAAUAAUAGUCCAUUUGUUGGUUUGUGGAAAAGUAAAAUUAAAAAAUCAAAAACGCAUUAAAUUACGUAAUUAUCCAAAAACCAGUGACAAGGAAUACAUCAAAUAAUAUAAAUUAUUCAUUUGGUAUAAUUAAUACUUGUUGGGUUUAAUAAAAACAAUUCCAAUAAAAUGCAAAAUUUACUUACUCCCCGCAUUGAUGUGGACAAACCUUUAUAUGAUUUAUCUACCUUUGCCGGUCGUUUUAGGCAUUUUGCCUGGAUGACUGAUCCACGCACUGUCAUUGUGUCCAGCGACAAAUUAAUGCAAGCCAAACAGUUUGUUGAAAACUAUCGCCAAGGUAAGGAACCUGCAGGCACCACUUCCGAAAAAGUUAAAUAUGCCAUGAAAUUGUAUAAUUCUGCCUUUCAUCCCGAUACCGGAGAGUUGCAAAACUUUUGCGGACGCAUGAGUUUUCAAGUGAGUAUAAUAAAUCUAUAUACAUACGUACAUAUACACAUAGUAUACAAGCAUACAUACUUAGGCAAUUACUUAAUCACGACAAUUAUUGCAAACGAGUCUUUUGUUAAGUGAUUAAAGCAAUUGCUG